UCGUUGUUAGUUUUCGCCAAUUGCUUCCCGCCCACCCUCUGACCUAAUUGGCCGUUGCACUGUUGUUUUAACUUGAAUGAGACCUACUAGCCAAACACGCGCCUGCGCUCUCGCACCACCUUGUUUAUCAAUUUUGCACUGAAGCCGCUCCCGUUCGCAUCGCCCAGCAGGGAUAACCUAGAAAAAGAUUUAGCACAACAUGACUUCCACAUUAUUGCCCGGUAACAUCGUUUAUGGCGGUCCUAUAACCGCCAAGGAAGCGCAGGACUAUCGAUCCCUGGGCCAGUUUGUCCUGGACAAGUACAAGAGCUUCGGCGAACAAACGGUUCUGGUGGAUGCCGUCAACGGCGUGGAAUAUACGGCCAGUUUUAUGCACAAGUCCAUUGUCCGACUUGCCUACAUCCUCCAAAAGCUGGGCGUGAAACACAACGAUGUCAUUGGCUUGUCCAGCGAAAACAGCGUCGACUUCGCCCUGGCCAUGUUCGCUGGCUUUGCCGUGGGUGCUACGGUAGCCCCCCUCAACGUCACCUACUCCGACCGUGAGGUGGAUCACGCCAUCAAUCUUUCGAAGCCUAAGAUCAUCUUUGCCUCCAAGAUCACCAUCGACCGGGUAGCCAAAGUGGCCAGCAAGAAUAAGUUUGUCAAAGGCAUCAUCGCCAUCAGUGGCAGUUCCAAAAACUUCAAGAACAUCUACAGUCUCAGGGAGUUAAUGGACAAUGUCAAAUUCCAGACAAAGCCUGACUUUACAUCUCCUGUGGCAAAUAAGAACGAAGAUGUGGCCUUAAUUGUGUGUUCCUCGGGAACCACCGGUCUGCCCAAAGGUGUGCAACUCACGCAGAUGAAUCUUCUUGCUACCCUGGAUUCACAAAUCCAACCCACCAUGAUUCCCAUGGAAGAAGUUACUCUGCUGACAGUGAUUCCCUGGUUCCAUGCCUUUGGUUGCCUUACGCUCAUCACCACUGCCUGCAUGGGCGCCCGACUUGUGUACCUGCCUAAAUUCGAAGAGAAUCUGUUCCUCUCGGCUAUCGAAAAGUACCGUGUAAUGAUGGCCUUCAUGGUGCCCCCGCUAAUGGUCUUCCUUGCCAAGCACCCGAUCGUGGACAAGUACGAUCUAUCCUCAUUGAUGGUCCUUCUUUGCGGAGCAGCUCCCUUGAGUCGCGAGACAGAGGACCAAAUCAAGGAACGCAUUGGAGUUCCCUUCAUCCGGCAAGGUUACGGUCUCAGCGAAUCCACCCUCAGCGUAUUGGUACAGAACGACGACUUCUGCAAGCCCGGUAGCGUGGGCGUUCUGAAGGUUGGUAUCUACGCCAAGGUCAUCGAUCCCGACACCGGAAAACUACUUGGACCUAACGAGCGCGGAGAGCUGUGCUUCAAGGGAGAUGGCAUCAUGAAGGGCUACAUUGGAGACACCAAAUCCACGCAGACGGCCAUUAAAGACGGAUGGCUGCACACCGGUGAUAUCGGAUUCUUCGAUGAUGAUUUCGAGUUCUUCAUCGUGGACCGAAUCAAGGAGCUGAUCAAGUACAAGGGCUUCCAGGUUCCGCCCGCUGAGAUUGAGGCUUUGUUGCUCACCCACGACAAGAUCAAGGAUGCGGCAGUUAUCGGAAAGCCCGAUGAGGAAGCCGGCGAGUUACCCCUGGCUUUCGUGGUGAAGCAAGCCAAUGUCCAGCUUACGGAAACCGAUGUAAUCCAGUUUGUCAACGAACACGCCUCGCCAGCCAAGCGGCUUCGCGGUGGUGUGAUUUUCGUUGACGAAAUUCCAAAGAACCCCAGUGGCAAAAUCUUGCGACGAAUCCUGCGAGAGAUGCUGAAGAAAAAACCAAAGUCCAAACUGUAAGGGAAAUUAAUUCCCAUAGGGUGUGUGUUUGUACAAAACUUUUUCAUUAUGUAUGUUUUAUUAUUGCUAAACUUUGUUUUAUAAACUACCAACUGGUUGGGUUUCGAUUUCCUCA